AUGGAAGGACAAACUCAAGCAUUAGCUGAAUACAAGUUGGUUCUAGUCGGAGACGGUGGUGUCGGCAAGACUACUUUCGUCAAGAGACAUCUUACUGGAGAAUUCGAAAAGAAGUACAUCGCUACUCUCGGAGUCGAAGUCCACCCAAUGGUCUUCCACACCAACCACGGGCCAAUCAAGUUCAACGUUUGGGACACCGCCGGCCAAGAGAAACUCGGAGGUCUCAGAGAUGGUUACUACAUCGGAGGAAACUCAGGUAUCAUCAUGUUCGAUGUGUGCUCAAGAAUCACCUAUCAGAAUGUGCCCAAGUGGUACAAGGAUCUCGUCAGAGUCUGCGAGAACAUCCCCAUCGUUCUCGUUGGAAACAAGGUCGAUGUCAAGGACAGAAAAGUCAAGGCCAAGCAAAUCACCUUCCACAGAAAGAAGAACUUGCAGUACUACGACAUCUCAGCCAAGAGCAACUAUCAAUUCGAGAAGCCCUUCAUCUGGCUCCUUAGAAGACUUGUUGGUGACCCCAACCUCACCCUUGUUGAAGCCCCAAUCCUUCAACCAUCAGAGCUCGUCAUUGACCAAGAUCAAAUUCAAACCAUGACCAAAGAACUCGAAGAUGCCGCUGGUAUGGAACUUCCAGAGGGAGACGAUGAGGACUUCUGA